AUGAUUAAAAAACUUGGAAUUUGUGUAAAAACAGAUGAACAUGAAGGACUUGUUUAUUCAAUUAUUUUAAAUUCUGAAAUUGGUGAAAAUGUUAUUUGUGGUCAAAAAAUUUCCCCAGGAAAAUGGGUUCUUUUUACCCCAACAGAUGAAAAUAUUUUUAUUGAAUGUCAAUAUAAACGAUUAGCUGAUUCAGAAAAUUUUCAAAUUACACAAGCUAGACGUCCAGUUUCUCCAAUUGAACAAACAAUUCAAGUAAAAGCAGUAAUUGACUGUUUUGAAUAUAUUUAUAACGAUCAAUUUUAUAUUUGCAAAGAUGAAAUUCUUGGACAAGUACUUGUUGGCAAAAAUGAUCCUUUUAUAAAUGAAUCUUUUGAAUAUGGAGAUAAAGUUGAGAUGGCUGUUGCUUAUUUGGAGAAUUAUUUAACAAAUAUUCAUUGGGUAGCUAUUGCUGUUAAUUCAAAAACAGAUGAAGGAAAUACUAAUUAUAGAAUUAUUAAAGGAUUGCCUGGACUUCUCAGAGAUUUUUCUAAUAUUUGUUAUGAAAAGUGA